AUGUUACUCUCUGAUUACACCACGACUCAAUUGAUUUUAUGUAACAAUGACUCUUUUUUUCAGCGUAUGUUUUUUUUUCGCGCUUUGGUGCAAGUCUGCAACCACAUUCAUUUAGAAUAUGUUAGGCUACAUUCAGGGAUGCGGUGCUUCUGUGUUCCACUUUCCAAAUGUGACGAGGUUGUGUCUUGGGAUGUUUUAUGGUUGUGUUGUCCGAUCUUGUUGACCACGAACAGCCACUACACUUUCAUACUUGGAUGCUUUGGUUGGCUGAUGAGACUGGCCCAGUUACUCAGGAAGCAGCUCGACCAACGACCAGCACUGAUGGGAUGUCUCAAACGAAGGACGACUGAUACCAACUAUCAUCCCCACAAGAAACCAUUCAGGCCAUCGAAGAUGGGCAUCAAGAACCACGAGAUUACCCUCAACCGGGCCGAAUCAAAGCUCUGCGGACUGCUCGAUCAAUGUACUUCACGUCUCAGAUCAUCGGCGAAUCAAGACCUCGACUCCCUCACCCUCAGAAUCGCUGGUGGCUGGGUCAGAGAUAAGUUGCUUGGGGUCGAAUCCAACGAUCUGGAUAUUGCGAUCUCAUCGUUAACCGGUCAAGACUUCGCAACCCGGUUUUCGCAGUAUCUUCACGAACAUCGAAAAGAGCAGCUCGAUCGGAAGAGAGAUGGGCAGGAGAAGGCGGAAGUCUUCCAGCUGGGCAAGAUCGCAACCAUCGAGGCCCGCCCCGACCAGAGUAAACAUCUCGAAACUGCUACGACUACUUUCCUCGGCUUGGACCUCGACUUUGUCCAACUCAGAAGCGAGGAAUAUGGCGAUCAGGAUAGUCGGAUCCCAAGCGCCGUCAGUUUUGGAACCCCUUUGGAGGAUGCUUUACGACGAGACAUCACGAUCAAUUCAUUAUUUUACAACGUUCAUAGCGGGGCGAUAGAAGAUCACACUGGAAAGGGCCUCGCAGACCUCGAAGCGGGGCUCAUCCGGACCCCACUCCCUGCCGAGCACACUUUCAAGGACGACCCUCUCCGCCUACUGCGUUGUAUUAGGUUCGCUACCCGCUUUGGAUUCGAAUUAGAUUCCGAUAUCAUUUCUGCUGCUAAAUCAGAACCCAUCAGAGUUGCAUUAAAGGAAAAGAUUAGCAGGGAGAGGGUGGGAACUGAAGUUGACAAGAUGCUGAAAGGUCGGGAUCCGCUAUCGUCGCUCAAGAUGAUCGAAGAUCUGGGGCUAUACAAUUUAGUUUUCAGCCCUCCUUUGAGUUUACAAGAUACACCACUGGAGUCAUCAUUGGCAGUCCAGACGGCAGAGUGGCUAGCCCGGCUUCUCCGUCCAUCCGCCGCCCCCAGCGAUCCCGCUCUACCCCCAAAUAUCUCCAAACUGUUGCCGCAAUCGGUCGCCCUCAGUCGUCGUCUUUUCCUCGCUUGUGCACUCGUACCUUAUCGCCUCUUGAAAGCCAAGACAGGGAAGAAGCAGGUCUGGGCUGGCGAGGUGGUCCUGAUGGAGAGUCUGAAACUAGGAACCCACGACAAGAAUUUCAUUUCUCACCUAUUCCGGGCACUCGAGGUUCUCAACUCAGCCCAUCUGGAAUCACUCCUGAACACGCAAAGCUCGUCUGUCCGGCUCGAGUUAGGCCGUCUUCUCCGGCUACCCGAUGUUCAUGAUCUCAAGCAGCCCGAGGCUGAAGCAAGCUUGAACUGGCAAACUUCUCUCCUCUUCGCUCUGGUCAUCGAGCUCACUCAUCUUCAAUCCCAGUCAUCACCCGAUCUCGAAAACUCGAUUAUCUCGUCUUAUGAUCUGGUCUUUCAAAAGAUCUCCGACUUAGACUUAACCUUUGUUGUCACGCCCGAAUUUGAGAAAAGAAGAUUAGACGGGAAAGAGAUAUGUGAAGUAUUAGGGACCAAGCCAGGAAGACAUCUAGGCCAAAUCAUUGAGAAGGUGAUUGAUCGGCAGAUCGAGUAUCCUGAUCAAACGAAGGAAGAUGGUUCGAAGUGGCUGAAAGAUCAACUGCAAGCCGGACUUAUCAAGCUCUCGUAA